AUGUAUAUGUUAAACACAUCCGAAGCGCUCAUUGCUGCCGCGUCAUUGAUAGGGCUCUAUGUCCUGGCCGUGCAAUAUCUCCGUUUCCAAAGAUGUGAUCGAAUUGAGUCGAAGUUCAAACGGGCCGGCCGUCCUCUAUCCAGCAUGACUGUCAAGGAGGCCCAUGACAUUAUGCGACAGUUGCGAGAGCUUGAGUUUCCGUUUGCUUUGCGCAGCUCGACGAGGAUGACGACACUCAAGACCGCCUCUGUUCCUACCGUGGCCGAUCUCUUUGUAGCUACCGGUCAGCGGAGUGAGAAGAACAACACCAAACGCGGAGCUGAUACGGAGGUGUUAAUGAAUGAGAUCCAUGAUCGCGAGGCUGGCUCCGACGCUCACAUGAUGGCCUUCGCCCGGAUGAAUUAUAUACAUUCUAGGUACAGGACGGCUGGCAAGAUCCUUGAUGAAGAUAUGCUGCAUACCCUUGGCUCUGCAGUGGUUGAUCUGUUCCGAUCGAUAGAAAAGUAUGAAUGGCGUCAGUUGUCAGAUGUCGAGAAGUGCGCCGUUGGUGUGUUUUAUAGAAGUAUGGGGGAGGCGAUGGAAAUUCCGUUCAACCUACUCCCGUCUGGUAAAGCUGGCUUCACCGACGGAAUCCAUUUUGCACAGGAGUUGUGCGACUUCACGGUGGAAUACGAGAUGACUGCAGUAAAGCCAACACAGUCGACGUUGUUCAUUAGCAGGCGCUUAAUGGGCCUAGAGACGGCCAAUUACCCUUCGAUUCUCAGGCCUGCUGUUGAAAGUAUCAUUGCCACAAGACUUGAUGAACACAUCCGAGUCAGCAUGGGUUAUCGCAAACCGGGAAUUGCUCUUUCUUCCCUUGUUGCUAGUUUAGUGGCAAUGCGCAAGUUCAUAUUGCGCUACCUCAGCCUCCCCCGGCCGGACUUCAUGGCCGUUAAGGUUCUGGAUGCAGCUCCAGAUGCAUAUACCGGACGCUACGCUGUCAAAGAGUGGUUAGCUAAUCCAUGGUAUGUAAAGCCGACAUUUCUAAACCGAUGGGGCCUCAAAUCCUGGUCGGUGCGACUCUUUGGAACAGGAAAUGUGCCCACCAAGAAUGGCCCUUUCCGCGACGAAGGGUAUGAUAUCAAAGCAAUCGGUCCUCAGAUCAUGGAGAACAAGGGCCAAGCAGAAGUCGAAGCCAUCUUCGAGAAGUUCAGGAAGAAAGAUCUCCCUACUGGCUGUCCAUUCCAUGUGUAA